CUGAAAACAUUUUGGUCUUUAAUUCAAAAGGAAUGUUUUUACAACUUGCAUCACGUGCACAUUAAAACAAAUUGUACCGAAGACCCUUUCAAACGUGUAGAUGGGCUGGGAUCAGUGCGCCUGAUGCUACCCCAGGUUUUUUAGUUUUUUUUGUAGUGGAUGUCUUUCAGAAUAAAGUUUGAAGAUCUCUUGGUAUACUUUAAAGGUCAUUUACAAUUUAUGAAAAAGUCAAUUCCAUCUGCAAAAUGGUGAUAUUUUGCUGAGAAGUUGUCAAAUAAAUCAGAUUCCCUCGGUAAUUCGGUCCUGCAGUGUCACCCUGACUAUCUGUUGAUCUCUUCACUUUAUAGACUUCUCAGGAGGUAAAUAUAGUCACUGGUAUCAGAUCAUCUUUCCCCUCUCAGCCAGAGUGCUGCAGCCAAGCAGCUGAAACGUGGAAUAAACUCUUGUCUUUGCAAGACAAAUAUCAACACUUAAGACUUUGGGAUUUGAGUAAAGUCUAUCUGGAGUGUGACUUCCAUGUCAGGAAGCUACCAUUAAAACAUGGAUUCAUUAAAUGAACUUUCGCAGACGUAUGAAGCUCUGGUUUCAGUGACUGGUCAGGCCCCCCCCCCCCCCCCCUUACAACAAGGAGUUUUGAAGAGGACAGCCGUGUUCAUCAUGGAGUCGGUGUGUUUUGAGCUUCAGGAGGACGAAGAGGAUGAAGACGAGGACCCAGCGACUCAGUACAUGAUUGAACAGAGUCUUCUAGAGAGCAACAAGCGGAAGGAGGCUCAGAAACCGAGCUCCGGGCCUCAGAGUGCAGACAGCAGCCCGGUCUCCGCCGCCAUAAGACACGGUGACGAGAAGCUCUUGAAGGAUCUCCUGGUCCGACGGAGGGAGGAGUUUUCCCGGGCGGACAGCCGGGGCUGGACUCCUCUCCACGAGGCGGCGGCUCAGACCAACCAGAAGGUUCUGGAGCUCACGCUCGAAGUACAUGGACGCAAGGACGCUGGUCCGCGUCAUGCUGGACUACCUGGACCACGUGACCCUGUGCUCCAAGCUGAAGGCGGCCGUGAUGGAGCAGCGGCAGUGGCCCGACAUCUGCAGGCUGCAAGAGAACGCUCGCCCCCUGCAGCAUCUCUGUCGUCUGCGGAUCCGUCGUUGUCUCGGUCGCCUCCGCCUGCGAUCGCCCGUCUUCAUGAGCUUCCUGCCGUUGCCGGGGCGACUGAAGGAUUACGUCAUGUACCGGGAGCACGACCUGUACGGCCGGCAGGCACAGAGGUGAUGCAGGAGGAGACCACUACCAUAAUUAUUAUAUAAAAUAAAAUACCAAUUCAAAGCAUUUCCCUUUCAGUCUGUGAUUGUGUAGCCUGUAAAACAUAAAUACAAUUAAAAUAGAGAUUGGGAGGAUAAAACUACUGUGAACCAAGAAUUAAAAUUUUUAUUUCCAUUAAAUAGAAAAUAAUAAAAGGAUGCCAACAACAGAAAUCGUUGCACAUUUGUUUGAUUCAUUUGUACAUUGAUACAUUCCCGCAUUAAGUUGUUAUGUUUACUUUAUCCCAAUGUGAUUGUACUGAAAGUAAAGAAAUGAUUAUUACCCGGCUGCUCGUUUUCCUCUUUGAGGAUUCGACCAAUCUGACCAGGCCAGUUUUUAAUCUGAUUUAGAGUUGAUGUUUUUAUUCACAUGACAUCCUUUGUGGUCUAUCCAUCCCGGGUGAGGAGGAGGAGGAGGAGAGGAUGUCGCAUGUGUACAGACUGUCAAAGCCUUUCAAUAAAAGCUAUACACAGCAAAAUAAAUUGAAUUGACGCACACACACACGUCACUCUCUAGGUCUUCAACAAAAAACGUUACUCCACCUGGUGUUCUGGCGGUGAAUUGCCUUAAAUCUGUGUCCAUGAGGCAGCUGCUGCACAUGUUUUACAUGAUAUUCAAAGUGAUCGGUGAGAAGUGCCAGUGUCUGA